CUGAGGAGGUUCCCUUUGUCCCAGACUGUGUUGAUGCCAGUGAGGCUGAAAACCCAAAGCGAAGUUUGUCCUUUGUUAGAGCUCUAUAAGAGACAGACGGUCAGCAGGCAGACAGGAGGACUUACCUGUACAUCACCUGGACCACCACCUGUAAUCUGUCUCUCAUUGGCCAACCUCUCUGUGAUUGACAGGUUGAUUCCAGUUGUGAUCAUGCUCAUCCCUCGUUGCCUGCGUCUGAUCCUGAGUGACAUCUGGACUCUGUCUUGCUUACAUCACUUCCUGCUGGAGUUCCUAGGCACUGCCCUCUUCCUGUCUGCCAGCCUAUCAGCUGUCCUGAUAAUGCCACCGGCUGCUGGGAGACCAGGACUGGAUCUGAGGUGUGCCGGCAACCAGAGCAACCGGAUUUACCUGAACAACACGAGUAACCCAAGCAACCUGAGCAACCAGAGAGACCUGACCACCUUGUCUUCUGCUCUGGACCUGUCUGGACUCGUACCUGUCUCACCUGCAUGUCCUCUGCAGGUGGCGCUGGUGUUCGGUCUCUCCCUUGCCAUGGCAGCAGUCUGUGUGGGUGGGGAAGCUCACCUGAACCCAGCAGUAACCAUAGCAAUGGCCCUGAGCCUGAGGCUCCGCCUGUGGAAGGCAGCGCUGUAUGUGAUUGGUCAGUUGUUAGGGGGCGUGGCCUCAGCUGCACUGCUGCUAGGACUGACCGGAGAUGUGACACCUGCUCUCAACCAGGUCUCCCAUGGUGUCCCGCUCCGCCAGGCUGUCACCGUGGAAACGUUAGUUACCCUCCAGCUGGUCCUGGUUGUCUUGGCGACAGUUGACCUCCCCCUGCCGGCUGUGGUGUCUCCUCUGUUGGUUGGCCUGGCUGUCAGUCUGGGUCACCUGGUGGCUGUGGGUGCGACAGGUUGUGGGAUGAACCCGGCUCGGUCGUUCGGUCCAGCCGUCGUCACGCUCGACUUCAGCAACCACUGGGUGUUCUGGGCGGGGCCUGGUCUGGGGGCGUGUCUCGCUGCUGUCCUGAACAACCUGUUGCUACGGCCACGCUGGCGUGACCCCGGACACUGGUGGGCGGAGCUAAAACAGUUGUAUGUGUUUACGGACAAACAGCAGCAGGUGGCGCUGUCACACAUGCCAUAACACCUGUACAAACACAUCAACUUGUUUUUUGUCACUUAGGAGGACUUAUGUUGACAAACAAAAAGCUACAGACACACAUUACAUUCACCAAUGAAAAAGGAAAUAUGAGACGUUUUGAAGUGAUUGACUCGUGUAUCUCAUAAUGCUGACUUAGAAUUACCAGAAAACGAUGUCUUAAUAUUUGAACAAAUUGUUUGUUUAGAGGUUAACCCUCUUGAGAUUAAUCAUCUAAUUUUCACAAAAUGAGAUACGGUCUCUAUUUUGCCGCUAGGUAAAUACAGUGCACUUUUGUAAAAACAAAGACAAAACAUUUCCCUUGUGAUGACCAGCUUCCCCAUAGUCUCCAUAAUGUGUGUUGCUGAUUUAUGCCCCCACAAUGUAUCCAACAUACAGUAUUAAAUUUAUACUAGUAAAACGCACACACCAUAAAACUUCAAUUAAAAGCCGAGCUCCAAAUAGACGCCGAUCCCUUUUACUGGCCGGGUGUGGCUACACAUUUUGACGUCUCCAUCAGACGCCGGGUUAGGUUUUUAAUAGUUUAUAGUUUAAUUGUUUCCAUGGAAACAAUUAGGACCUAAUUGUUUCUAAUUAGGUCAGUUUCAGGUGAAACUAGG